CUUUCACAUUUUGACAGCUCCUUUAUGAGCUAUGCUGUGGUUACAUAACCUAACCUAGCCUGUCAUUCUACCUGCUUCAAUAGGAUCAGAGAUUUAUUUUAGUUUCUGCUAAGAAAGUAAAUCAUCUAGCUAAACAAAAUGGCUGGUGAUAGUGUUGAUGAGGCCAAGCUGAAGGGACUUUCCAAGAUCUUCAACAGUGAAACCAUGAGAGGAAGGGCUAAUGUUGCAAAAGCCACCUACGCCGGCAUCGGAUUGCUUAUCCUGUACUUUUCGCUAAAGCCAUCGAAGAAAUGAACUAGUUAAGUGAAAAGUUAUAAGUUUAAUCUUACCAUUAUGGAGUUAAGAUCCGACUGUGAAAAAUAUAUUAUGCAACAGUGCUAACUAACAAAA